GCCUUCAAUCCCAGUUAUCAUCAGGUGUGACGUUAGCGGCGGCUGCCAGGGCGGAGGAAGUGUUUACACCCAGUUGACGAUAAGAGAAAAUUCAGUUUUAUGGUCGUUGCGGCCCUCGCGUUCGAGAAAAAUGACUGGAAGACUGCCGCCUUGCAUCGUGGAUGUGGGAACUGGGUACACAAAGUUGGGUUUUGCUGGUAACCAUGAGCCCCAGAUGAUUAUUCCGUCUGCUGUGGCUAUUAAGGAAACGGCUAAAGUAGGAGAACAGUCCCAAAGACGGUUAUGCAAGGGUGUAGAGGAUUUAGACUUUUUCAUUGGUGAUGAAGCCAUGGAUGCAACUGGCUAUGCUGUAAAGUACCCGGUAAGACAUGGUAUUGUUGAGGACUGGGAUCUCAUGGAGAAGUUCAUGGAGCAGUGUAUUUUCAAAUAUCUUCGGGCUGAGCCAGAAGACCAUUACUUUUUGCUGACAGAACCUCCGCUCAAUACUCCUGAAAAUAGGGAGUAUACUGCAGAAAUUAUGUUUGAAUCUUUCAAUGUACCUGGACUGUACAUUGCAGUGCAGGCAGUACUCUCUUUAGCAGCAUCUUGGGCAUCUCGUCAGGCUACUGAGAGGUCACUGACUGGUACUGUCAUUGAUUCAGGAGAUGGUGUGACCCAUGUCAUUCCAGUGGCUGAUGGCUAUGUCAUUGGUAGCUGCAUAAAGCACAUUCCUAUUGCUGGUCGAGACAUUACUUACUUCGUACAAAGUCUUCUUAGGGAGCGUGAGCCAAACAUUCCUCCACAGCUUAGUAUGGAAACUGCAAAAGCAGUGAAAGAAAGGUUUAGUUACAUCUGCCCAGAUAUUGCCAAAGAAUUCAACAAAUAUGACAGUGAUCCAUCCAAGUGGAUUAAACAGUAUGAGGGUAAGAAUCCUGUAAAUAAUCAGACAUUUAGCAUCGAUAUUGGAUAUGAACGUUUCCUUGGACCAGAAAUUUUCUUCCAUCCUGAGUUUGCCAAUCCAGAUUUCACAACUCCAAUUAGUGAGGUGGUUGACAAUGUUAUUCAGAAUUGUCCCAUUGAUGUGAGAAGACCACUAUACAAGAAUAUUGUUCUCUCUGGUGGAUCAACAAUGUUUAAGGACUUUGAUCGCCGUCUACAACGAGACUUGAAGAGAAUUGUGGAUGCACGCUUACGUAUCACUGAGCAACUUAGUGGUGGUCGAAUUAAGCCAAAGCCUAUUGAUGUGAAUGUCAUAGCCCACAAGAUGCAACGUUACGCAGUAUGGUUUGGUGGUUCAAUGUUAGCAUCAACUCCGGACUUCUAUCAAGUUUGCCAUACGAAAGCAGAAUACGAAGAGAAAGGGCCAAGCAUUUGCAGACACAAUCCUGUCUUUGGAGCCAUGGCAUAGUUUUCUAUGGCUAGUUGCAUGGUAAAUGUGAUCUAUAUAAUGUAAUAAGGAGUGUGUGUUAUUGAAUAAUUGUUGUUGAAAUUCCUCUACUUCAUUUUCUUUUUGUUUAAAAGGCAGUACUUAUAUUUAUUUUUUUCAUUCCUCACAUAUUGUGAAUUUAUACUUCAUUUCAAAUGGUGGUUGUUAUCUAGUAAGUUAAUGGCAUUUUGUUCAAGUAUUUAUUAAUUGAAAUAGAUAUUGGUAAAAGAACGUUCCAACUCCUCAUGUAAAGUAGUUUUUACUCCAUGGUAGGGAGUGAUACAAAUAUUAGACUAUGAGUGACAUGGUAUAAAUAUGUAAUUUUGAAAGCAUUUGGUAUGAUUAGGAUAAAAUUAAAAAUGGAGUAGAGCUAAAAGAAUUCACCUAGUCUUUUUGAUAGUGAGAAUUCAUUGAGAUUUGCUUUUAAUCUUUGGGACAGCAUCACAUCACCAUUUCAUUGUUGGAACUCAAGUCAUUAUAACGUUUAUGAAGCGUUCAUUUAGCUGUGUGUUCUCGUUGUUGUUGUUGUCUGUCAUAGCUUCCGAGACCAAUUAAAUUUCUAUACGAAGGAUUUUUAAAUUGGACCCAGAGUCAGUGUAGAUGCCUUCCUCAUUCCUAUGUUGUUAUCAACGAUAAGGUUUUGGUUCCAUGCAGGUUCCCUGUAUGGUUGGAGUGAUUGUUUUGCACAAAUGUGAUUAUGGGGCAAUGCUCUUAUAUGAUUCUAGCUUUUGGGAAGUAAUUUAAGUAUUAGAUGCAUUGUCUGAAAUUUGUUCUCCCAUUUACAUUGCACUUAACCAAUUGGUGUUUUUGUUCCUGUGUUCCUUGUUAUAAUGUAAUUAAUAUUGUCAAAUACACAAUAUACGUACAUUAAUUAAUUCACCAAAAGUAUAGUGCUGUAUUUUGCCUUGAUUUUCUGGGCACUAGUAAUGAUUUAAGUAUUGGCAGUCAGUGAUAUCUAUCCUCCAUUCUAUGAAAACUGAAAUCGUGUACAGUAUUAAAGAUUCAUAUAUAUGUAUAUAUAUUCAGCAGGGUAUUCAGUGGUUAAUAGUUUUCAGGCAUGUUGAGUUUGUAACAAGACCUGAACAAGUUUGUGGUUCAAUAAAUUUUUACAAUUUUGAAUUGAAAAGUCUUGCCAGGGAAGAAUGUCAUCAAAAUUGUACAAUAUUUUUUAGUGCUUGAUACACAAAUUUGCACCAAGGAUUGCUGGCAGAAUUAUCUUUACAAGCAAGAGAAUUUAUCAGAAGUGAUUGGUAAUGAUAUUCUCCAUGGGAGGUAGAUUUCCUCUAAAAAUUUUCCCAAGUAUAACCAUUGAUUUUCCUUUAGAAAAGCUAUUUAUCCAUGAAAUUUAGGUUACAGUGCAAUUUUUCUAAUAUUCAAGCUCUGAUUUAUAGGUUUCCAGAAAAGUAUCUUAUGUUUAUAUUUUAUUGUGUAGAAACCUGUUAGUUUUAGUUGGUAGAGCAUUUUAGUAUUUAUUGUAAUCAAAAUUCCCCUUGUAAAUAUUAGUGGUCUUAGUCUUUCUAAUUAAAUUUAGGGAUGGAUGUGAUACAACCAAGUGCAAUGAAGUAUUAAAUACAUGUAUGCCAAACAACCCAUAUAUUUGCAAUAUUCAUGAACCUUGCCAUGCUACUCUCUUCUCUCAUGCACUGCAUUUUUUUAAGUAUACCCUUAAAAUUUUUUAUUGUAAGUUCUGUUUCAGAAGACUUAACUUUGCUUCUUAAUAGUAUCCAUAUGUAUGGUUUAUGUUGACUACAUGUAUUUGUAAGAACAAGUAGUGCACUGUAUUGUUAUCAGAGUAUUUUUAGGUCUCUAAGCUGGUAAAGCUGAUAGCUUAAGUUUGAUUUGUUUGCCAAUUCUGCCCAAAAAAUUAUUCACUUAUGAUGGAAUACCAUGUCUUUAUUGUAGGACUGAAGAAUGAUCUUAAUUUAAAUCACACCACUGACAUUAUAUUGUAUACAUUUUUAUUUCACAAGUACACUUUUUUUUUUUAAUAACAUUUCAUAAAUUAAUCCUUUGAUUUUCACAGCUUGAAACUUUCCCAUAGCAAGGUCUCGUCACAGUUAUUGCUAUUUCAUUUUCACCUACAGUCAUGCUUGACCUUUGUUCAUAUUUCUUUCUAUGGAUAAUUGAAUUUAUGAAAAUAAACUAUUAAUAAAAAUUAAAUUUUGUCA